UUUUGAGUUCAAGAUCAGAAACACAACAAAAAAGUUUGAGACGAGCUGGGGUGGUCAACAUCAAACAUAACAUACAUGGUACCAUUUUUGCCCCCAAUUAUUAAUUACAAAAGCAUAACUUUUUCUGACACACCACUUUUGUUCCAACAAUUACAGACUGUAAUGAUGAUGAACAGUUUAUAGUUUACUAACUUUGUUUUUGUAUCUUCAUAAGCCAUGGCAACAGCUGGCUCAGCAAAAUCAGAAUUUGUGGUUGGAGGCCGAUACAAACUAAUCCGUAAAAUUGGCAGUGGCUCAUUUGGCGACAUUUAUCUGGCUCUGAACCUAACAAAUGGAGAGGAAGUAGCUGUAAAACUUGAAGCUGUUCGAGCAAGACAUCCACAGUUACUUUACGAAUCUAAAGUUUAUCGGUUACUACAAGGAGGAGUUGGUAUUCCACAUGUCAGGUGGUUUGGCCAAGAAAAAGACUAUAAUGUGCUAGUAUUAGAUUUACUUGGUCCGAGUUUGGAAGAUCUGUUUAACUUCUGUUCCAGAAGAUUCACUAUGAAAACCGUUCUUAUGUUGGCUGAUCAGAUGAUAGGAAGAAUAGAAUACGUACAGAAUAAGAACUUUAUUCACCGUGAUAUCAAACCAGAUAACUUUCUUAUGGGAAUCGGAAGACAUUGCAACAAAGUAUAUUUAAUUGAUUUUGGUUUGGCUAAAAAGUAUCGAGAUAGUCACACCAAAACACACAUCCAAUACAGAGAAGAUAAAAACCUAACCGGCACAGCUCGCUACGCAAGUAUAAAUGCCCAUCUUGGAAUUGAACAAGCUCGAAGAGAUGAUAUGGAAUCGCUUGGCUACGUACUUAUGUAUUUCAACAGAUCCAGCUUGCCAUGGCAGGGUUUAAGGGCUGCUACGAAGAAACAAAAAUACGAAAAGAUCAGUGAGAAAAAGAUGUCUACGCCAAUUGAAGUUUUAUGCAGAGGUUUUCCUGCUGAAUUCGCCAUGUAUCUGAAUUAUUGUCGUGGUUUGCGUUUUGAAGAAAUGCCUGAUUACAUGUACCUAAGACAGUUAUUCCGUAUUUUAUUCCGAACUCUAAAUCACCAGUAUGAUUAUGUAUUUGACUGGAGUAUGCUUAAACAAAAAGCUGCACAACAUGUGGCAGCUUCUGCCAACGCCACCGUGUUCCAACCAGGCGGCGGCGCAACCGCCAGCGGUGCACAAAAGAGUGACGACAGGUUAAAACGUAAAGGACCAAAGGGUGGCCAUUGACUAGAAAACAGUGAAGCAGUCGUGGUUUCAAAGAAACAGAAAUGACAAAAAGUCGCAGCGAUGACGAUGGUGGUGAUGUUAUAUGUCGUGACGUCCGCAGUGACGUUCAUGCGACGAACACGUUGAAUUUCGUUGGUGCACUUUAUAUUAAUUCUUCUGCCAGAAAUUCAAUGAAUAUACAUAACGCUACACUAAGUGACCAUAAGCACUUAAAAAAUCUACAGUUUUCUAUUCUACAAAAAACGCAGCCCUGGCAAUUUUUUCUUUAAUCAAACGCUGAAGCUCUUUAUAACUGGUCUUCUCGGGAGUUCACGUAUUUCUAGUUUGACCUGGAAAUACAUUUAGACACGUGUAUAUUAUUAAUUUUUAAACUGUUUUCAGGGUCUUGUUUUAUUCGACAAGCUCUCGUUUAUUCUGUCUGCUGCACAAGUUAACAAAUAGUACAGGUGUUUGUUUUUGUUUUGUUUAUACAGCAGCUCUACCUGAUGUAAUUUGAGGCUAUUCUUUAAUUAGACUUCUCAAGUAAAUCACUUUUUUAUGAAUUGUGCUCCAGCGAAGAGAGAUCUUGUAGACGUAUUUUUUGUUGUUUUUUAUGUCGAUGUUUUUACGUCAUGAGUAACUUAUGGUGCUUUCAAAACUUCUUGUAAAUUUCUCCAUUACUACCCUGUUAUUGAGAGCAAGAAGUUCAAAAAACGUUUUAACAUAUUUUUUAGUUUUUAA